GUCAUAAAAUGCAGUUGUUUCAGGAAGUAAAACAGCUAGUGUAAAAUUUUGUCAAACAGUAUGAAGAGUUCUACAUAACACUGGUGGAUUUACCCAUCUAGGAUAUGCGCGGUGACAACACCUAGAAGGAGGCUUUGAAAUCUGAAAUAAGGUAACAAUAGGCUUGAAAAAUGGAGAGUAGUACUUGAAGGAAAGGUAAAGGAAGUAUACAACAAUAAGCAGUUAAUGGCGAGGUUAAACAUUUUAAGUACCUACCUAGGAUCUUUUGUAUAAAAGAAUGAUGGUUUAGAUGAGGUUAUGAUAGUAAAAUAUAAUAGAAAUUGAGUAUAACAGAAAUGAGAAUGCUUUAGUGGAUGAGUGGAAAGACGGGAGAAAAUAAGAUAAGGGAUAACGGGGCGAGUAAAAUAUUUUCUAGGAACCGUAUUUUAUUGGAAAAAAAAUACAUUGGAAAGUAUUUUAAUUUGUACUCAACGACGAUGAUAUGCAAUCACAAAGUGCUUAUGAGAAAAUUAUACUGAAAAAUAUUUUUUAUGGUAAAAUAUGGUUCUGAUAAAAUAAAAUUCAAACAAAAUAUAGCCUUCCGAUAUGAAAAGUUUGGUAGACAGUAUAAAAUCGGAGACCCCUAGACCCUUAGACCCAUAUUAUGAAAAAUGAAGAACCUAUAGAACUAGCUCACUAUCCUGCUGCUUAGCCACCACCACCCAGCGAAAAACCAGAGAUCGAAAGGGACAAUUUUCCCGCACCGCCGUGUCCUUAUACUGAUCCAGGUGAAUAUUUAAUUAUUAAAAUUAAAUUAAUAACCUUUAUAACAGUGUUUUACUCGCUUAGAAAAACGUAAAAUGUGGUUUGACAAUUAUAAGGGUAUAUCUGAUGAUGAGGAUGAAGUAGAUCAAAAAAUGAAUGCUGAUAAAGGAAUUGACCCUAAACUAAAAGUAUGUUACUAGCACUGAAAUGUACUUAAAUUUAAAUUGUUUUUAAUUUCAUAUUAUUUUUAUGUAGAAAGAAGAGGAAGAACUAAGUAAAUUGGGAUCAGGAAUUGGAAAAGUAUUUUUGCAAGAAGUUCGGGAACGUGAAAAACAUCAAAAAUGGAAAGUUUCACACAUGGAUCCUCGUAAUGCUUCGAGAUGUNGAAAAUCUUAUGUUUCAUAGGUUUCA